GCGCCACCAUUUGCGGCCUUGGCUGUUAAUCACUGGGUCCCGUCCGGCGAUUGCCUGCUGGCACCCAGUGAUCUCCGAGGAUUUUUGACGGGGAGAGACCUGUAUGUAAACAAUACAGAUCUCUCCCCUGUCAGUUCCUGCACACUGCUUUGUAUGGCUCUGAAUAGCAAUGCCAUACAAAGAAACACAGCCCACACAGUGAAACAGCACACGGUUAACCCUUUGAUCACCCCACAUGUUAACCCCUUCCUGCCCAGUGCCAUUAGUAUAGUGUUAGUACUUUUAUUAGCACUGAUCACUGUAUUGGUGUCACUGGGGAUGCCAGUGACACCAAGUCAGUUCCCCCCAGUGUGAGAAUGCCCGCCGCAGUCCCGCUAUAAGUUGCUGA